AGCAUUACUCCUGAAGCUAGGCAGUUCUUAUAUAAGAGCUCCGAGGUCAGGCGAUGAGUGAAGACACCACCUUCGCCGUGCUUGAUCGGAAUCAGCUGGAGAGUGAAGCAGGCAUGGCUACCUCCAGACUUCACAUCACCUGCGCUCUCCUCCUGAUCGGCGUCUUGCUGUUGGGGGAGGGGCAUAAGGGCAUGGAGGCCGUCGCUUGUCCUCUCUACUGCCUGGACGUGGACUACGUGACCUGCCCGUCCUCCGGCUCCCAGAAGCUCCAGGCGAGGUGCAAUUGCUGCUUGACGCCCAAAGGCUGCACGCUCCAUUUCCCGGAUGGGACGCAGCAAACUUGCUCUUGAACCAAGAGCUUCUUGUGUUCAUGGACCAUACAUGGCCGAGGGUGCUAGUUAAUGACAGUAUGUAAUCUGAAGUUCUGAACCGACCUGCUUACCUGCAGGCGAAUAAAUUAGUCUUUUUAAAUAAUGGAAUAAAUUAGUCUGGCGUGUGUGUUCAUCGUUA